UACGUAUGAAUCCUUCAAUUGGAAGAUCACUCCGGCCAAUAAUAAGAAAACGGACAAAACGAGACAUGCACGUCAGUUUACGAUCAUACAAAAACGAGAAUCUUAUUAAGCGCAAAACAACCGCUACAGUAUCAAAUGCAGUACUGUAUAGGAGUAGUACACAACAUGUGUUCCCCCUCUAUAUGAUCAAUCAAUCGAUCAAUGAAACGAAACACAACUAUAUAUAUAUAUAUGCAUAGAAUCACAAUAACCAACCACAACAAAUCCCGUUGCAAAAACCAACCUACGAAGAAGUGUUGAUGUGAAGGGAGACGAGUAAGGCGACCGGCAUCAGAAACAUGGCUAGCACAAGAAACCACGACGGAGGACCCACCACCGAGGAGCCAAUGAUCAGCGGCCCGACCAGCACUAUUGCCGCCACCAUCAUCAGAGCCGCCGUGCAACCGCCGCCCCACCCUUCGAAGCCCUCCGCCGCCAUUGGUAUAUAUAUAGGUAUUCUAUGUGUGAUUAUCGUAGUAGUAUAUCGUAUGAAUCUUGUUGUGAUACGGACAGUACGUACUUAUUAUAUAGAGAUGAAGGAGGAGGCUGAAUUCAAAAUCUGAACGAUCACGUCGUUUCCCGGUUUUCGUAUUUCCCGCCAUCUUGUGUGUCUACUCUACUCGUUCAAGCAAGCCGCGCGUUUUGGGAACUCAUUAGAAUUAGGGAAAUAUCGGAGAAACAGGGGUUGUAUAUAUGGGGUUUGUCCAGAUCGAGUAUUUUGUUCGUCCAAAUAUGGAGUCUUUGUAACUCCCAAAAAUCGUAAUUUGGGAUGUACCAUGCAUCAAGUUUAGUAAACAAGUUGUAAUGUGAUUAGAUGCAUGACUAACCCCGCAAAAGACACUUAAUUACUCAUUUGAAUAACUCCACGAAUCUAUUGCAUUUUUUACGAACGAUAAGUACGGAAUAAGACGAACAUUUCACA